CAAUUUUAUCCAGUCAACUAUUUAAGAAACGUGGCCAUCUCGCAGGUCCGUACUCCGUUCAUGUUUCUCUCAGACAUCGACUUCCUGCCAAUGUAUGGCUUAUAUGAAUAUCUGAAAAAAGCCAUCCCAAUGGUGGAUGGUAAUUCUGCUAAAAAGGCUCUUGUUGUGCCAGCCUUUGAGACUCAGCGUUAUCGUCUGCAGUUUCCCAAAUCUAAAACAGAGUUACUGUCCAUGCUUGAUAUGGGUACCCUGUUUACAUUCAGAUAUCACGUGUGGCCAAAAGGCCAUGAACCCACAAAUUUUGCUAAAUGGAGAACAGCCACCACACCAUAUUCUGUGUCUUGGGAGCAGGAUUUUGAGCCAUAUGUGGUGGUACGCAAGGACAUUCCAUUGUAUGACCAGAGGUUUCUGGGAUUUGGUUGGAACAAAGUAUCUCACAUUAUGGAGUUAGAUGCUCAAGGGUUUGAGUUUGUGAUUCUGCCCAAUGCUUUCAUCAUUCACAUGCCACAUGCUCCCAGCUUCGAUAUAGCAAAGUUCAGGUCUAGUUCACUGUAUAGAAAAUGCCUCAAGAUACUCAAAGCAGAGUUCCAGAGAGAUUUAUCCAAGAAGUACGGAAUCAAGGCAUUGAAAUAUUUAUCUGUUGAAUGA